ACCUCGUCCUGCCUGCAUGCGGCUGCACGAAACUAAUGAUGAGUAGCCUCCUGCCUCCCCCGUGAUCUCCAGCCUUACCCCUGAUGAUGGUGAGGAGCAAGUGACCAUGGCGAUCUGUUGCAGCGAUCUGGGGAUCUGGCCGGGAGAGGUGAUCUAGUGUGUGUGACCUACUCUUCUAAGACCCCCUUCCAGGCGAUCAUGGUGAUUACUUGAGAGGUCGUGGCAAUUCCUGCUCACCCAUCAUCCUAUUCCCCCCGCGCUGGAAGUCCUCCCGGAUCUAAAUGGAAUUAGUGGAGAUCGAAGCCCCUUGUGUAAGGAACAGACAUGGUCCAUGGGCGCAGCUUGUGUCACAUUGUAACGAGUCUAAUUAUUCUGCAUGUGUCUUGGGCAACCAAAAAAAUAGGAGACAAACCAACUACUCCAGAAGGACAGAAAUCGUUGCAGUGUGGAACCUGGACAAAGUAUUCAGAUGGAGGAAUUUUUACCUCGCCCAAUUACCCCAACAAAUACGCUCCUGACAGAGAGUGCAUUUAUAUAAUAGAAGCGUCCCCCAGACAAUGCAUUGAACUUCAUUUUGAUGAAAAGUAUGCCAUAGAGUCGUCUUGGGAAUGUAAAUUUGACCAUAUCGAGGUACGAGAUGGACCUUUUGGCUUUUCACCAAUUAUUGGACGCUACUGUGGACAACAAAGCCCUCCUUUUAUAAAAUCAAGUGGAAGAUUCUUAUGGAUUAAAUUUUUUGCUGAUGGUGAACUAGAAUCUCUUGGGUUUUCUGCACAAUAUAAUUUUACACCAGAUCCAGAUUUUAAAGACCUUGGAGUUCUUAAACCGUUACCUGUUUGUGAGUUUGAAAUGGGGGGACCAGAAGGAAUAAUAGAGUCCGUGCAAAUCCUUAAAGAAGGAAAGGCUACUGCAAAUGAAGCAGUUGAUUGCAAAUGGUAUAUUCGAGCACCACCACGGUCAAAGAUAUACUUGCGAUUUUUGGACUAUGAAAUGCAAAAUUCAAAUGAAUGUAAAAGGAACUUUGUGGCUGUGUACGACGGAAGUAGUUCUGUAGAAGAUUUAAAAGCUAAAUUUUGCAGCACUGUUGCUAAUGAUGUAAUGCUGCGUACAGGACUUGGAGUAAUCCGAAUGUGGGCAGAUGAAGGCAGCCGAACCAGCCGUUUCCAGAUGCUCUUCACAUCUUUCCAAGAACCUCCGUGUGAAGCAAAUUCAUUUUUUUGUCAUAGUAAUAUGUGCAUUAAUAAUACAUUGGUCUGCAAUGGAGUUCAGAAUUGUGUAUACCCUUGGGAUGAAAACCACUGCAAAGAAAAAAGAAAAUCCAGUCUUUUCGACCAGCUUACAAAUACCAGUGGGACAGUUAUAGGGGUCUCUUCCUGCAUUGUGAUCAUCCUCAUUAUUAUCUCUGUAAUAGUCCAAAUCAAACAACCUCGUAAAAAGUUCAUCGAAAGGAAGGCAGACUUUGACCAAACAGUUUUUCAGGAGGUGUUUGAGCCUCCACAUUAUGAAUUAUGCACUCUUAGAGGUUCAGGAGCUGCAGCAGACAUUGCUGAUGUUGCUGAUGAUUUUGAAAAUUACCAUAAAUUACGGAGAUCUUCUUCAAAAUGUGUUCAUGACCAUCACUGUGGAUCACAACUGUCAAGCACUAAGGGCAGCCGUAGUAACCUUAGUACAAGGGAAGCACCCAUACUAACAGACACACCAAACCAGCCUGUUAUGCCCAAUCUACAGCCUAUGAAUAGAAGAAACAUCUUGGUAAUGAAGCAUAGUUAUUCGCAGGAUGCCACAGACACAUGUGACAUUGAUGAAAUUGAAGAGGUUCCCACUACAAGUCACAGGCUAUCCAGACAUGACAAAUCUGUCCAGCGGUUCUGCCUCAUUGGGUCUCUAAACAAACAUGAAACUGAAUACAACACAACUAGGGUAUGA